CUCUCCUCGACUCUAUCCCCUAUGGCAGCAGCAAGGGACACGUAUCUGGUCAUCGGCGGCAGCGGCUUCUUGGGACGGCACAUUGUCGAGCAGCUUGUUGCUAGGGGAGAUACUGUAUCUGUGUUCGACAUCGUACAACGGUACGACGACGUACCAUGCUACACCGGCGACAUUAGCGAGGAGGGGCAGGUUAAGCAGGCAGUUCAGAAGAGUGCCGCGACAUGCAUCAUUCACACUGCGUCACCAAUGCAUGGUCUCGAUGAUGCUGCCUUGUACUGGAAGGUGAACGUGGAGGGCACAAAAUGUGUCAUUGAAGCUGCAGUCGCGUGUGGUGUCCGGAAGCUCGUAUUCACUUCGUCAGCGGGCGUCGUAUUCAAUGGCGAAGAUCUGAUUAACAUCGACGAACGCAUUCCCUCGCCGGAAAAGGCUAUGGACGGUUACAACGAAUCCAAGGCGAAGGCUGAGGAGAUGGUGCUCGCUGCCAAUGGCAAGGAUGGCCUUCUGACUGUUGCCCUUCGCCCCUCUGGUAUCUUCGGCCCUGGGGACCGGCAAGUCAUGCACGGUCUCUACCAAGUGUACCAGAACCGGCAGACGCACUUCCAGAUCGGCGACAACACGAACCUCUUCGACUGGACGUAUGUCACUAACGUCGCCCAUGCUCAUCUCCUCGCUGCCGAUAAGCUCGUCGACCCCACCACAACACCUACUCCCUCCAAGGCAGACAUCGUCGACUACCCCCUUCCCUCCAUGGACAUCACCACCGGCGUGCACCGCAUCCCGACCUCGCAAGCGCGCCCGCUCGGCCCAUGCGUCAAUCCGCCACCCAACGCCGAUCAGCUUGUCGCUGCCUUCCAGCAGCCGUUUUCGCGUAAGGACGACCCGCGACCCGUGACGCGGAGCCGCUUCGACCCGCUCGCGGACGCCGCGCUCGAACGCGCGACCGUCAACCCGCUGCAGGUCGCCGGCCAGGUGUUCUUCAUCACGAACGGCGAGCCGAUCUACUUCUGGGACCUGCCGCGCGCGGUAUGGCGUCGUCUCGCGGAGAGCGACCCGGAGCGCGCAGGCGUUGCGGACCGCCGGCUCAUCAAGCUCUCGAGGGACAUCGGACUAUUACUCGCAGCUGGGAGCGAAUGGUGGGGAUGGCUGAUCGGCAAGGAACCGGCGUUCACCCGGUUCAGGGUGAAGUUCAGCUGCGCGAACAGGUGGCAUAACAUCGAGAAGGCGAGACGAGUGCUAGGGUACGAGCCGCAGGUGGGAAUUGAGGAGGGCGUCAAGCGGAUGGUGGAUUGGUUUAUCUCGGAGCAUGUCAAAAAGCAAUGAUACCCAACGCAAAAUGCUUUGCAUGCAUACGGAAUUCUCAUCUCAUACUCCAUCUAUUCUGUCGUUACAUUACCUUCAUAGUAGCUCGCGUCUAAUCUUCGAGCAGACGUCUUUCUUCCAAAUAACCUGGUCCGGUGCCGAGUGAACGGUGUUGUCGCAGUCGCC